AUGCAGAACGCAGAAAAAUGUGAGUCCGGCAAGGUUUACGUAUACAACCUGCCAGAAAUGCUUAACAAAGAUUUGUUGAAUAAAUGCCACGAAUUAGAUCCAUGGCAUUCGCUGUGCAACGCCGUUUCUAACAACCGGUUUGGCCCUAGAGCCACUGGACUCGCCGGCAUUGUGCCGGCAAAUCUUGUUCCGGCGUGGUACUGGACUGACAUGCAUGCUGGGGAGAUUAUAUAUCACGCUCGGAUUUUGAACUACAAGUGUAGAACAAUGGAUCCAGAAUUGGCUAGGGUAUUCUACAUUCCGUUUUACGCUGGGAUUGCGGUACAAAAAUAUUUGUUCACUAAUUCCAGCGCAAGGGACCGUGAUUGGCACUGUGAAACAAUGCUGAGGUGGGUUCAGAACCAACCAUAUUGGAGGAGAUUCAACGGCUCUGAUCACUUCAUCAUGCUUGGUCGGGUGACGUGGGAUUUUCGACGAUCCAACGAUGCAGAUUGGGGGACGAGCUUCAUUAACAUGCCAUUGAUGCAAAAUAUCAUACGGCUCACCAUUGAACAAAGCCAGUGGGACCCCUUGGAUGUUGGUGUACCUUACCCCACCGGAUUCCAUCCUCGGUCCGCCUCAGAAGUUCAUCAAUGGCAAAACUUUGUCCGUACUCGCAAGCGAAAGACCCUCUUCGCCUUUGCAGGUGGGAAACGACCGGGUAUGAAGAAUGACUUCAGAUCAUUGUUACUGAGUUACUGUUAUAAAGAGUCUGACUCGUGUCGAGUCGUAGACUGUGGCCGGACACGGUGCCAAGAUGGGACGUCGGCGAUUCUUGAAGCCUUCAUUGACUCGGACUUCUGUUUGCAGCCUAGAGGUGAUUCCUACACGAGGCGCUCUCAGUUUGAUUGCAUGUUGGCAGGCUCGAUCCCAGUGUUUUUCUGGAAAAACGGAAUCUAUGAUCAGUAUCAAUGGUUCUUGCCAGGUGACCCACAAAGUUUCUCGGUGUUUAUAGAUCACAGGGAUGUGAGAAAUGGUGCUACUUCUAUAAGACGAGUGCUGGAGAUUUUCAGCAGGGAAGAGGUGAGAAGGAUGAGAGAGAAAGUGAUUGAUUCUAUACCCAAGUUUGUGUACGCAGACCCUAGUCAGGGUUUGGAUGUUAGUAUAGAUGCUGUUGAUAUUGCCAUUGAUGGGGUGUUAAGGAGGUUCAAGGAACAAAGAGGGGGACGCAAGUCAAAUACGACAAAGGAAGCAAGUGAAACAGCGAGUAUAAUUUAA